ACAAUUAGUCUCACCAACAAAAAAAAAAUGAGAAAACCCAAACAUAUAAUACUCUUUGCUCUACUGCUGCCGUUUCUGUUUUCCUCAAUACCUCCAUCAUUCUCUCGUAUUUGGUCAAUUCUUCCUUCAGGAAAAUUGUAGCCCUUGAAAUUUUAAUCAAUUUACUUCAAGAAUCACUCAAUUUGGAGCUGUAUUGUAGGAGAUAUGCCCCUUCUUGUCGCUGCUACUGCAGUUGUUGCUUUCCGCACCAGCUUCUGUUUUCAAUGUUUUUAAGAUCUUGUGUUCAUUUUUCGCUCCUUGUUUCUAAAUAAAAGUUGUUGAUCUCUUUGCGUAGAUGAAUUUAGGCGCAAAAAUCACUCAAUUUGGAUCCUUAUUCUAGGAGAUAUGAUCAUCUGAAAUUGGUAGUUGCUGCUGGCUAUGAGCUGUUGUUGAUGCCCCUAUUCAUUGUUGUUGCAUAUCUCAACUCUGAUGUGAUUAGGGAAGUAUAACCCUUGUUAAGGUAAAUAUAUGGAGCUUAUUAAAGAGUUAAGUUCAUGCGUAUAUUAUGAAGAUUUAAUUAUGGAUAUAUAACUGGGAGUUCAAGCAAAGGAGUGACGGGUAUCAGUGACGGGUAUCAUGAAAUUGGUGGUGAUGAUCGGAUUAUGAACCUGAGAUCGUACUCCUGGAGUAUUAUUGUCAUAUGCUUAAGUUUCAACAUUUUCCAGACCCUUAAGCGCCACCCAGAAGAAAUAGAGGACGCCCGAUCUUUGCUGCAAGACUAACCUCCUCCCUGUCCUUCUCCUCCCCACUCAUCAUAAGAGAGAGAAAAAAAGGGAAAGAUCACCAAUUUUGCCGAAGAAAUCAAACUCCAAAAGGAAAUGGGGAGAAUGAGAGAAUCCACAGAAGAAGCAACGACAACAGCAUCACUUAGCGAAGCUCUGCUGUUCACCACCAUGUGCAUCAUUGGCCUUCCUGUUGAGGUUCACAUCAAAGAUGGCUCUAUUUUUUCUGGAAUCUUCCACACUGCUUCUUUUGAAAAGGGUUAUGGCAUUGCUUUGAAGAAAGCCAGGAUGAUAAAGAAGGGCACACAUACUGCAAAUGUGUCAAAUGGUGGUUUAAUAGAUACUCUAGUGGUUCUUCCUGGAGAUCUUGUUCAAGUAGUUGCCAAGAGUGUCAUGCUUCCGGCUGACUAUAAUGAUGGAACUGUUUCUGGAGCAAUUGAUUCUUCUCGAAGUUAUGAGAAUGGAGCUGCACUGACAGAUGACUGGAGGAAUCAGAAGAGUCAGGUUGGGGUAGCCAUGACUCAAGAGGAAGAAGAUGGUGCCCUCCAUCAUUCUGAGGUCUUGAAGGAGGUUCUCAAAGUCAAUGGUUCAAGUAAAAGCUUGAAUAAUACCUACAAUAAACUGAAUGUUCACAAGGAGAAUCACGAGAAGAAGGUAAUCAACCAUAUGGCCAAUGGAUUGCUGUCCGUCAGUGAUGCAACAAUGGAUGUCAAUCAUGCAAAUCAGCUCCUUGAUAAAGAAUUCACAUGUACAGAAUCUGUUGCUUCAGAGGUUUCCGAUUCUUCAAAAACAGAUUCGGAGGCGUCUCGUACUCCUUUGGCAGUUUCAACAGAAAGGGCUCCUCAAAAUCCAAUUCCAAGUAGGACUGCUAAGGAAUCCAAGCUCAAUCCAAGUGCAAAAGUUUUCUCCCCAUCUCUUCCUAACUUUAGAUCAACACCACCUCCGGUGCCAACAGCUCCAAGUGUUGCUUAUGUACCCAACAAUGUUCCUGCAGUACAAGUAGCUGGGGCACAGCCAGAAGUUGGAAUCAGACCUAGUGUAUCACGUUCAUCGUGGCCUGUUAAGUUUGUUCCUUAUGCUACUUCAACAGCAAUGAAUGCUGACAAUGGUCUUCAAUAUAAUCAAUCUAUUGCUGGUCAUAUGGUCACGAGAGCACAACCUAUCAGACAUGGUGGACAGUACCAACCAAUCCAAGCUUUGCCUUCUUAUGUACAUUCUAAUCCCCAAAAUGGAAUAUUUGGAAGGCCUGGACAGUUUGUCUAUAUUCAUCCAGUUACUCAUGAUGUGAUUCAGGCUCCUGCAGCUCUCUCACAAGCUUCACAUCCCUUAUUGGCCUCACAUCCAUUCCAUGUUGGUGUUGCCAAGAAUGAAGGUGUUUUAGCUGGUCCAGCACUGUCAGUUUCCAUGACUCCUCCUUUAAUGGCCAAUGGACCACAAUCAUUUACAAUGCCGAGUCACAUUCAUCAGCUAUCAGCACCUUAUUUUUCUUCCAUGCGUCCUGUUCAAAUUUUAGGUUCUAAUAUUCCAUAUAGUGUUAAGUUUCAAUAAACAAAAUUCCUUGAUAGAAAAUUAUCUUUCACUUUUCUUUGAAGUUUGUCCCAUUUUUUGAUUGACAGAAGUUUUGGCGUAUAGAGUAAUAUUUUUCUUGAGACUAGGUUAUGAGUUUGUCAUGAGUGCAGUUCGAAGGAAACAUUUCUCCACCCAUGUUUUAGAAGAGGGAGGGGUGAUGCAGUCGACAUAGAGAAAUUUUUGUCUUUGGCAUAAUUUUCCAAUAUUAUAGGAUUUUUCGGUCUUUCAAGGUUUAUUAUUGGUGGGUAUUUUCCGUUGAUAUAAUCACCUAAUUGGUUUAUCUCUGAGCAAGUAUGCAAAUAUUUUUGCUAAUUGGCAGACCAAAGGAAUGUAUGAGCUUAUAAUUAACCUCUUAAUUCAUUCAUAUUUUCUUUCAA